AGGAUUUUGGUGCAUCAAAGUCAGAGAUAGGCCACAUAUCAAAGGAGGAGGUCAAUAUCAUAAUGGACUUAAAAUUGGUGAAUGGACAGAAAUUGUAAGAGAAAAUCCCUUUUAAUAUCAUUAUAUCACUCAUUAUUUCAACAACAAUGGAGAACUAUUAAAUACUGUAGAUAUUAAUUAUUGUGAUUUAUCGACCGAUAUUCUUAAAAUUCUAGAAGAAUAUGAACAACCAAAUUUUACAUCUAAUUAAAAUUCAAUAGUUAAAGACAUAUCAUCAAAAGUAUUUCUAUCACCAAGACCAAUACUUAUUGAUAGAAUAAAAUUAGGGUCACAUUCAUCAUCUAGUAGAAAAUUGGAAAAAUAUCUUUGAUAUUAAUAAAUAAGUUGUAUCGAUUAUCAAAAAUUAAUAAUAUAAAUGA